UUUAAAUGGCAGAGAAGAAACUGAAGAGCAGGUGGAGUGCAGCGUUGGUGAGGCCAAGUGUCCAAUCACCACAGAGAGUGACAGAGAUGUUACCGCAGCCCUGCUGCCCUCAGGGGGAUCUCAGAGCCACCCCUAUGCUGGAAGGGUGUCCGUUAGAGAAACCAACCAACAAGAGGAACAAGAGCCCUGCGUGGAGCAAGGGUCUAGUGACUACGGACAGCCAGCGAGGAAUGAGCCCUGCGUGGAGCAAGGGUCUAGUGACUACAGAGAGCCAUCGAGGAAUGUUUACAACAAACUCUUCAGCAGCCUUCUCCCCUCCUCCUCGGCACAUCCUUGAAACCUGGGAACCAGUGCCAGCGAAGACCUUCCACAUUUCAAUAUUCCCAAACCUGAUAUCCAUCUUUCCCAAAGCUGGGAUUCACCUUCCAUCAAAUCCAGUUUACCUUCGCUUCUCAAAAACGCGGAAGACAGUGAUGGUGAAUUGGAGAAUUACCAGCAGUGCCACGAGCCAGGAUUAGUGGAUUCAAUGUUUCAAACGACAAGCUUGAGCAGCCAGUUUGAGCCGAUUGGUGUGACACCUUCUGCUCUUUAUGUGCGAGAAUAUGAGGACCCAGCUAAUGUUUCCAAGAUGGGUACAGGUGAACGUGAAUUCCUUGAGGAAAAUACUUACAAGAACCAGAAAAUCAGCCAGUGCUAUGAUUCUGAUGUUAACAAAGAGGAAGAGCCUGUAGAACAACCAAAAGAACUGGAGUCAAAUGAUUCUAUGACAGACAACGGAAAAGAUACGGCCACUUCAGUUCUCAGCCAGGAGACACUUCCAGACAUCCCUGAACUAGAAACCACAGCAAUUGAAGAAGUUGUGUCUCAUACAAGUAAACUCUGCCGACACCAAAGGGAAUAUUUAACAGCUGAUCUACAUCCAGUCAACACAGAUCAAGAUGAUGGGGGAUAUGAAGAGCAGCCUCCAGACAUCGUUGAGCUGAGCUUAAGUAUUUCAAACCAGUGCAUGGGCCGCGGUGGUGGCAGUGAUGAAGAUUCACAGGCUGGUGAAAAAGCACAUCAGGGAGUUGCAGAAGAAGGAAGCAGUGAAGCAGAGGAGGAAGCUGCAGAAGCCCCAAAGAUUGAGGGUGAAAGCAAUGAGAACGUAGCCCCCAGGGCUGACCAAGACGGGCCCCCCUUGCUCCAAGACAUUGGAGGCAGAAAGACAGCAUGGCACUCGGAACAUGGAGUUAGAGAGAGCCAAAGGUUGUCCUCUUCUGAGCCCUUCAUCAGGCAAUCAGUUGAAGAUGUUUACGGGCGAAUCAUCAGGAAGUGUGGGGGUCUUUUCUUGGAUACGUUGAGUGGAGUUUACCUGGCGACCUAUUCAAAGGACCAGUGCCAGUUCUACCUGCUGGAUUCUGGACUGAUUCUGUCUGGGGCAAGGGGGGAGAACCGGUCUGACAAAGUCCUGGUCACAAUGAGAGACAACAUGAAAUUAGCCCUAACUUCAACAAGGUGCAGCGACUAUGAAUACCCGAUAUAUUUCAUCAAACAACUGGAUGAUAACUGGUUCAGAGCCAUUGACAAGCUUACGCAAGAAGUGAUGUUAGUGAAAAGGGUUUUAGUGACUUCUAAUUGGAGAAAAACCCUGGAGAACUUCCUGUUCCUCCAGUCCCGCCCCUUCAAUCUACUUCGUUAUGCCGUUGUGUACGACAGGAAGGGAUUCAUCUACUAUAUCAUGCAGGGUGUGUACUUUGACCCCACGACCCUUGGAAAUAUGGAGGACGUGUGUUCGUUUAAAAAGACCCUGAGAGAGGCUGUCAGAGGAGUUUUUCAGGACCCUGCGCUGGAGGAGUGUGUCUGUGAGCGGGUGAGGAGGAGUGUGGAGGGGGAGGAGGUGGACUGGGGGCAGGACUGCAGUCCAGCAGGCUUCAGGGACUAG